CUAUUCACACCCUGCACUACUAAAACGGCCCGCCUGAUACGACGACGCCGCUCCCGUGCCAUAUACGCGCCAUGAGGCUGUGAAGGGAAGCCCAGUCGAACAUCGAGAGAUCCCACCACCACCACCACCACCACCAUCCUCUUCACCGCUCCCGCCUUCCGCCCUCGCCAUGCCCGCUGCCGUCGCUUCGGCUCCUCGCUCACACCACUCCCUCGCAAACGCCUUUCGAGGCAGGCAUCGCGCCGUCUCAGAAGUUGGCCCGCCCCCGCCGCGAGAACCAGAGCGUGUACAGCUACCCAAGGCUGCUUCCUACACCUACUUCCCACGAGUGAAGGACCUGGACCACGCGUCGCCCGUCGUGGCCCUAAACGGUCUCGUGUCUGGCCAAGACGUCAAGACCAGCAAGAAUGGAGAAGGCUUGUCUGACACCUCGUCGGGUGGCUCGAGUCCCGCGUCGGAGGAUGCACCCGAGGAAGCUGUACAAAUGCCGCAACUGAGACCCAGCGCCUCGCGCCGCCGCUCCUCGAGAUUCUUGUCCUUUGCCAGCAGGAGUAGAGAGCCGUCUGCUGAGCCCAAGCCCGACCGCAAGCCUGACGGAGGCCGCAACGAGACGCUGAAACAGUCAGACUCGCUAGCAAACUCGCCAGCACGCUCGCUGACCAAGCUGCGGAGAAAGUCGUGGAUCGUGUCCUCGCAGCAGCAGCAGAAACCAGAGUCCUCACCAACGAGGGAGAAGAGCCGUAAAAAAAAGGACGACGACGUGAAGAAGCAAGCCACUACUGACGCGAACAAGCGGAAGACGCCAGCGGGUACUGCCAGCAUUCCUGACGAGUCCGAGGCAAGGGACACCAUCUCGCACGAGCGGCCGCCUAUUCCCCACAGCAAGAAGAACAAGCGCCUCAGCGGGCUGUUCAAUGCAACAGCCAACGCCCCCGCCGUGCCCGCCGUGCCCAAGUCCUUCUCGACCGAGAAACUCAACAUCUACCCACAAACGCAUACCCCGUUAAGUCCGACCCACCACGUCCCACCUCUGCCGCGCAACAUAUCCACCGAGAAGCUCAAAGGCGUAAAGACGGAGCCUCGCAAGAAAGACGAGCUCUGGACCGUGUUCCGGACGCUCGAUGCGGAUCUGCGCAAAUACCAAUCCAAAUCCACUGCGCUCAAAGCCAACGUGGUACGCACGACCCUCCUCCCGUUCCUACGCCAGUAUGCCUCCCAUCCCUCCAACUACAAGCUUAGAGCGGAAGACUUGGAUCGGCGCGCAAACAUCCUCAACGGGUGGUGGACAGGCUUGUUGGAACUCAUAGCAGGGCGGAAUAAUCAGUCCAUAUCAGGCACAGAUCGUCCAGCCAUUUUGGACGGUAUAGCGGGAAUCAUGGAAAGACCCGAGUGGAGACAACCGCCGUCCGGUUUUUGUGCCCUCGCAGAACGUGCAGAGACCUUCUCUACAGCGACCGUUGCCUCCAGCUCCUCGAGCUCCUCAGAUUUCCUCGCCGAGUCCGUCUACCACAAUGUCCGCAACAUCUUCACCCAAAACCUGCUUUCGCAAAUGUCAUUUGCCGUCGAUAAGAUGUCUCUUCGAAACGCAGCAGCCAGCCUGGUCACCUUUUGCGGCAAGACGUGUGCCUACGUUUUUUGUUUCUGCCCUGGAAUUGCUGAUAUUCUGGUCCGCCUAUGGAAUCCCUCCCUUGAUAUGAUGAAGCGUGUUAUGGAAGAAUCCGGCGUCUCCAAGCUGGAUACAUUGGAUGCUGUGUCUGAUCGCAUCGUGGCUUCGUUUCCUCCCAUGCUUCAUUCGCUCAAGUUUCACUCUCUGACAAAACUUGUACGCCAACUACGCAAGCCGGCAUCACCGCCCCUUGCUGUGGCCAACCUCGACUGGUACGGGACCUGGAACAAGCGCUGGUCAGGCGCAGAGAGCGAUCUAUUCUACGUCUUCGUCAAACACUACCACAUCAUCGUUACUGACUUCUUACCCGUCGAGCCAAGCAAUGCAGAGCGUGUCUGCGUGCCUGGAUUAGUUGCGGUGCACGCGCAGCUCCUGGUCAAUCUGGACGCGACCAUCAACAGACACGCUGCGCCUCCACAGACCGACGACCAAGGCUCAACAGUGGCUCCCAUCACUUUUGAUGAUGUUUUGGGUGAUACAGAUGCUUCAGCAUCUGCAGUAGCUAUUCCGCAUGCAAACGCAACACGCCAGAUGCAGGAAAACCGUCUCAUUAUGCUCAUACGUGAUUUUCUUUCCGAAAGGAACGCACACCUCCACACUGCCAGACGAAUUUUUGCAGACAGCUUCGCCCGCCUGCUGCAAGCGCAGGCACGAAAAAUCUCCAUUUACGACAGCAACGCUUGUUACACAUUGUGUGAUUUUUUGGAAGAAGCUUUCGCCAUCAUGGUUCGUUACGAACAAAACGACACGGAUCAGCAUUCCAUCAUGGACUGGACUUUUUGGCUCUCGGUGUGCAAGUCGAUGGCUGCCAGUCAGAACACAGCUACCGAGAUCAAGUUGUACGCUUUUCUGUACAGCAUCUGGUCCAUCCUUUGUCUGGACGCGCAAAGAAAGACAAGCUUGUGCCUCAACUUUCUCUUAGAACCCGAGUUUUUCGAGAGCAGAUUCAACCAUUGGUGUCCAAUGGUUCGAUCAUACUUCAUGCGGCUGUUGUGUUGGAGGGUUGCACGGUUCGAUGGGGUAGAGACUGACGCCGAAGUCGUGAUCAAGCAGGCGCUUAGUGAUCGCCUCCGCACCGUAUGGUCGCACUACCUCUGGCUACACGAAAAUGCCGAUCGCAAACAAAUCAUGCUUCCGUCCACGCAAGCAUGCAACCCCGCACCAGGCCGCCGAUUCCUUAUCAUACGUAAUGAUAGUCCUAUUGUGGCAAACAGUGGGCCUUAUCUUUCAUUCGAUGGAGUAGUGCAAAACACGCAUCAACGGAAAUUCUCGCCCACCACUGAAACACCUCCGGAAGCACCCGAGGCUCGACCCACGUCAGCGAUGUCGAUAGAUUCAUUGGACUUUCCGGAUGAGGAUCCUGGCAAGGGCAAGUGGAACAUUCUGCGGAGCCUCAUGGGAGUGGGCUCGAAGCAGACGGCCAAGUCGAAGAGUCCUGCACCAUCGACUCACGACAAGGAGAAUGCCAGCAAAACAGCGCAUGCCAACGGUGAAAAGCCGAAUGAAACAUCCUCGAGCGACAAGCCUGCGGUUGUCGAGACUCCGGCGCCAGCACCUGUUACCCAUCGCACCUACAACUUCCGCUUCUCUCUGGAAUGGGUUGAUAAGCGCUUCGGCGCAUAUCAAAACAUGCGUCUACAGCCCCCGCGCCUCCCACUUCCAGCACAACUCCUCCUCCAGCAAAGAAGCAUCAACAUCGACGCUGUUACUCCUACGCAGCCAACUGGCACAGCAGCAACGUCAAGUACCUACGCAGGUCGUGCUCUCGCUGAAUGGACGUUUGUGAGCCACGAAUGCCAGAAUUUCUUCGAGCGGAGGAAGAACGAGGGAGUGCCUACCAACCGACAGGUCGAGACACCUACGCUCGCUGUUGAGGCGUUUAGGAGGCCUGGAUGAGCUGGGCCCCCGACGAUAAUAUUUCUUCGAUACCCCCCCACUUUACAUGCAUGCUUUUGCAUGUAGGACCUUGCCCUGUUGUCACUGUCGGCAGGUUCGAUACCACAUCAUCAUCAUCUUUUCUCCAAUAACACCAUAUUUCAUCACUACUACUACGAAUUGCAUCUGGGACGUUCAUUUGGAACCUACCCACAGCGGCGUUUUCUAUUGCUAUCUCUCUUGAGAGGGCUUAUAUCAUUUUUCGUUCGACGGGGUUUACACACACAACUCUGCAUACAUGCAUAGCCGCGCCCCGCUUUUGUGCAUAACCUCUUUCCCUCUCCCUCUCCCUCUCCUUUAGCUACCUCUCUUGCUGUUCUCGGAAAUUAAUGGCGUUGUAA